UACAGUCAUUACGGUAACUGUAGGCUGCGGAGCCCCUGUGUCCGACAGAACCGGAGUUGCACUGAAAGACACUGCGCCGAACAGCCAGGGUUACAUGAGCAGUGUUGCGGAAUUAAGUCUGACAUGAAAUCACAGCUGAGCAACAGAUCUAAGAGCCAGAUCUCUGUCAUAGGUCUUGGAUAUUAGCCUUUCCUCUGAGCCACAGACAACAUCCCAUCUAGCCAGGUGUGACUAGGAGGCUGUCCCUCUUGGAUUUUGGUAUUCCUCUGACAAACUUGACAUCAAACCUGUGAGAUUUGGAGAGAGGACAGAUUUUUUGCAUCCAGCGUGACUCAUCCUCCAGUCCCAGUCCGCCUAACCAGCCAGAAGCCAGAAGGAGAGACCCCACCCCUUGCCCACCCUCCCCUGCUGCUAGCUUGCACCAGCAUGGCAGACAGUCGACAGCCAGAAGAUGGUGCCCCCCAGUGGGACCCAUCAGGGGGGCAGGAGCCUACAGGCACCCAUGGAGCCAAUGGCUACUCUUCCUCCGCCUACAGGACCUGCCAGCCUGGUGGGGCGCACAUGGCCACAGGCCCCUACUCGGCCAGGGAGAAUGGAUUCAAUGGAGAGCUAACUGGAGCCCCAGCUAUAACUGCAGAGCAAGUGUCAGCGCGGAUCGUGCAGGAAGUGACAGCAGAGGCAGUGGCGGUACUGAAGGGAGAGCAGGAGACUCAGAGGCUGCCAUCAGUUGAAGACACUACAAAUUUGCCUCCCUCUCCUCCCCCCUCACCUGCUGCAGAGCACUUUGGUCCUCUGGAACAAGAUGUAGGGGAUGAGGAGGAGGCGGGCCCUCUCCGCCGCUUCCAAAAUUCUCGGGAGAGGUGCAAGUUCCUCGCCCCCUCCAUCUCAGUUUCCGUGCCCGAGGACGACCCCUACCACUCCGACGAGGAGUACUAUGAGCACCCAUUGUUCAGCCCAGAGUGGACGCACUCGGGCUCUCGCCCCACAGGGCAGGCCGUGGCCUUUAGACAGAUUGAAGAAGAGACCAUGGAGGCUCUUACAGCUGAUUACGAGGAGGAGGUGGAAGAGGAGGAGGAGGAGGAGGAGGAGAGUGCAGAGGCAGCAGAGUCCGAGGCAGCUCUUGAUGAGCAGCAGUGGAGCGGGGAAGAGCCCGAGCUGGACAGCCCCCAAGCUGAGCCCUUAGAGCAGGCAGAGGCCAUAGACGAGGCCCAGGAUCUAGACCUGGAGCCAGACGAAGCAGCUAGUGCUGCUGCAGAAAGCUCUUUGGACAGAGAGGAGGAGGAAGCAGAGGGUGGGGAGAGCUCUGACACAGCUUUGAAGAUGGAUUCAGACAAGCAGGGCAGCGAGAAAAGUGGUUCCAUGAGCCCAGACAGCAUCGGAUCGGAGAAACGCCCGGAGGAGUUUUUUGAGCCCCAGAUGCAAGGGUUCUUUGCUGGUGAACGAGUUGUACCAGAGAGCCCCACCAUGGAUAUGCCAUCCUUUGUACCUCCGAAUGUUCAAAACCAAGCCAAAGAAUGUGUCAGAUCACUCACACUCCAGCCUACAUAUGGCGAGCCUAUUACAGUGUCAGAGAAACAGCCAUCAGUGGAGGUGGUAGAGAUCAGCAGCAUAGGUUCUCCCUCUGAUUUCUCAUCACUGGGAGACAAAGUUCAAGGAGGAGAAUCACCAAGGGAUGCUAGAGACAGAUCUGGCAUGUCAGCAUAUUUUGAAACAUCAGCCAUGGAUGUUGAUGAGGCGCCGCAAUCUAAAGGUGAGGGUUAUUACGAACUGAGCAGAUCUGGUGAAGAGAAGAGUCCGGCUGAUGGCAGGCCUGAGGAGAUCAGCUACAGCACACUCGCUGAAGCUCAGGAUAAACCCGAAACUAAAGAAAGUACAGCAGAGGACACUAGAGUGUUCACAGUUCCUGACAGGAGUAAUGAAUGCCGGCUUUCCCCGGGUAAAUUGGCCUUAGAGCAGAGGAGUUACUCACUUAACAUCACCAUUGGGGCAGUGGAUCCGAGUGGCCAAGGGAAACCAAGGAACUUCUCCCCGCUGGCCACAGAUAUCAUGUCAUACACUAGUGGAAGUCUAGACGAUUCAGCAGACUACCUCCCAGUCACUACGCCCUCUGUGGACAAGCCUCCAUUGUUGCCUCCCUUGAUCCUGGAGACUGCAGCUUCCAUAACUUCAGAUUCCUCAUCUCCCCCAAGGACCACAGAACCAGUUUCAAAACCCAGCCCUGAAUCGGAGUCGCCAGAAUCACCACAGCCCCCUAAGAGCGCGUAUAAGAAUGGCACAGUGAUGGCACAAGACUUGCCUGAGAUGCUGGACCUUGCUGGUACCCGCUCCAGGCUGGCAUCAGAAAACACUGACCCAGAAAUCACACGGAGAAAGUCAAUACAAGCUGAUGCCCCACUCUUUGCUGAUGACCCACUGGCUAGCUUAGUUUCAGGGGAACAAAGCCCCGGGGCCAGAAAGAGUGAUAGCCAGCUGGAAGAGAUGGGCUAUUGUGUGUUCAGUGAAUAUUCAGGGCCCAUGCCAUCACCUGCAGAUGUAUUCAGCCCUACAAAUGCUUCUGCACAGGCCUUCACCCCCUCCGUCCUGGAGGAAAAAGUGGCUGAGCAAGCUAGGAAAUUAGCAGUCAGAGACACAUCUGUGGAGGACAAGAGCCAGCCAUCAGGAGGUGCUGAUGUCACAGAGGAGACAGACCAGAAGCAAGAAGAGACAAAAGAUUCUGCUGAAGAAAAGAGCAAGGAGGUUGCAGAUGAAGAGUCCAAAAAAUCUGUAAGUGAGACGCCAAUUGCUCAACCGUGUGAUUCCUUUGUGACACCAACGGUGACCGUAACUCUAGAAGAAGGCGGAAGGACAGAAAGUGAGACUGAACGACAAGCCAGUGGCGAAGGCUCGGCGUCAGAAACCGAGAUCGCUGACUAUGAGAGGCAGAUCCGCAAAUUGGAGAUGGAGGACAGGCCUCUGAGUUUGGAGGAGGAAAGAGAGCUGCAGGAGCUGCGGGAGAAAGUGAAGCUGGUCCACCAGGAGGCCUAUGAGGAAGUGGAUGCCGAAGAUGUGUACCAGCUGACCGGUGUGGCCAAGGACCGGAUUGCCAGGCCAGUCAAAACGUCACCUGCUUCAUCUGUGGACAGCAACAUAGAUGAUGACAAGCUGCUCUCCCCGGUACUCUCACCUUCUAAACUUAAACAAAGAGAAAUGUAUGGUUCCCCCAAAAGAACACCUUCACCAGUGUUAGGAAUAAACAAAGAGAAAGAGGAGUCAGAAAGAAAAAUGAGGGAAGCAGAGGAAAAGAAAAUGAAAGAAGAGAAAGAAGAGGCAGAGAGGAAAAUCAGGGAAGAGGAAGAGAAAGAAAAGCUAGAGAAGGAACUCAAAGAAAAGGAGGAGAAAGAGAAGAUAGAAAAGGAGCUGAAAGAGAAGGAGGAGAGGGAGAAAGUGGCAGAGAUGGAGAAGAAGGUUGCAGAGGAGAAAGCAGCCACGGAGACUGUGGAGAAAGAGGCAGACAAACCUGCAGAGGCUGAGAAGGGGCAAGAGGAAGGUGAGGAGGAUGUGUUAGAGAAAGCAGUGGCAGGAGCAGCGAUGGUAAAGGAGAUCCCAGAGACUCGCGCUGCCAUCGAAUCAGUGGUGACGGUCGAAGAUGAUUUUAUCACUGUGGUCCAGACCAUCGAUGAAGCAGAUGAGCCUGGACACAGUGUUCGUUUCUCUGCUCCACCUGAGGCUGAGGCCCUUUGUGUUGCUGCCCAGAAAGAGGAAGAAGAGGACGAGGAGGAGUCUGUAGAGUUAGCCCAAGAAGCAGACAUUGAGGCUGCAAGUCUAGAAGAGGUGGGUGAGGUUCCUGAGGCCCCUGCCACCCCUGAGAAGGAGGCUCAAACCAUAGAAACUGAAGGACAGACAGAAAGCUACGAUAGAGAUGAAACCACAAUGGACGACUCCAUCCUUGACAGCUCCUGGGUCGACACACAAGAUGAUGAUAAGAGUAUGGCGACAGAGCAGAUUGAGCCUUUGCCCAAGGUGCUCAGCCCAGUCAAAAAGCCUGGCGUAGUCCAGAACAAGCAGACGCAACCGAAGAAGACGGAGAAACAGGAGAAGCCAGUCAAAUCAAAGGCCAAGGGAGGGCGGCCUAAAGGCAGAAUCUCCACACCAGAGCGCAAACCUGUCCGCAAAGAACCUGUCUACAUCCCCAGAGAGGAAGUCAAGAAGAAAAAAGCUGUGAUAAGGAAAGCCGACCUUACCAAAAAAAUGGAGACUCAGAGUCAAUCUCCGUCCAAGAGGAGUGUGGUAAAACCAGCCGUCCGGCAGACCCGCCCCACUCAGCACCACUCCUGUCCCAGAAGGAGAACCACAGAGGGGCUACCAGACAGUCGUCAGCCUCUCAGUGUUGCCAGACAGUCCCGCGACAGAGCAUCGGACGGUGGGUCAUGGAGCCCUGAGAAGAGGUCCUCUGUGCCGCGGCAUGGCUCCAUUCUGAGUCGCCGCCCAUACCAUGACCACGAGGAGAGCUCCACUUCCAUCACCAGCUCCGGCUCCACGGCUCCUCGCAGACCCACAUCGUUUCGCCCAGAGAUGAGGGCAGAGCAUAGGACAGGACGAGCACCUAGCAUGACAGUUACAGAAUCAAUGCGCUCCCGUUCGGCUCGCAGUGGCCACUCUACUCCCCGCACCCCUGGCUCCACCGCCAUCACCCCAGGAACCCCUCCCAGCUACUCAUCGUCCUCAAGAACCCCUGGAACCCCACGCUCCCUUAGCUUGAUUUCCCAGGAGAGGAAGGUGGCCGUUAUUCGCACCCCACCCAAAUCACCUGCAACCACGCCCAAGCAGCUCCGCAUCAUCAACCAGCCACUGCCUGACUUCAAGAACAUCAAGUCUAAGAUCGGCUCCACAGAGAAUAUCAAGUAUCAGCCCAAAGGAGGACAGGUUCUCAUCCCCAGUGUUAAGCUGGACUAUAGCCAUGUUCAGUCUAGGUGUGGGUCCUUGGACAGGCGGGGCUACUCGGCAGGAGGUGGAAACGUGAUGAUACAGAACAAGAAGAUUGACUUGAGCCACGUGACCUCCAAGUGUGGCUCUCUAGACAACAUCCAUCAUCGGCCAGGGGGCGGUAACGUGCGUAUAGAGACUGUGAAGUUGGACUUCAAAGACAAAGCCCAAGCCAAGGUGGGUUCUCUGGAAAAUGCGCACCACACUCCUGGUGGAAGCCGUGUCACGAUUGAGACCCACAGGCUGUCGUUUCGCGAUCACGCCAAGGCACGAGUGGACCACGGAGCUGACAUCGUUGUCCAGUCGCCGGGCCUGUCCGGCUCGGUGUCUCCCCACCGCCACCGGGACAGCCACCUAUCAUCCUCUGGCAGCCUCAACAUGCUAGAGUCACCGCAGUUAGCAACCUUAGCUGAGGAUGUCACUGCAGCUCUGGCCAAGCAGGGUUUGUGAACACUGGAUCUCUGGGUUCCUGCUCUGCACCCUGGACAUCCUCGCCCUGACUGAUCCCUUCAAACUUUUCUGCCCACUCCUGCCACCCUGAGGCCAACCUCAGCUAAAUCACAGCCUCUAAACAUCUCCACUUCCAGAUCCAUCACUCAACUCUUACGUAGAGACUCGAAUUAGGAGCUACUGUACUUUGAUCUUCUUUAUUUCCCAAAUAUGUGCUAUUUCUGGUUUCGUUGGCCUCUCUCUCUUUUUGAAUGAUGUUGCAUAGAAUAGUUCAGUCUGAGCACUGGUCCUAGACAGUGGCAUAUACAAAGUGGGUGACCAGGUGAUGGCUUAACUGGUCCUGGAUCAGUGUUAUGAAGAAGCUACAGCCUUUUUUUCUACAUUAAAUAAGAAGUAAUGUGGCCAGCACACCGUGCAGCACGUGUUGUUCUUGCUCAGUAAACGUGCAUGGACGCCAAACCCCCUCUAACAAACCAAGCAUCCUUACUGCAAGUCAUUCUUGUCAUCCAGUAUAUAAUAUAUUUAACAAAUAUAUAUAGAAACAUGUAUAAAAAAAUACAAGUUCUUUGCCAUCUACAUGUCCGAAAAACAUUUUAAAAGGAAGUGACAAUAUGGCGAUAAAAUAUACCUGUAAAAUUGCAUUACUGCAAGAACUAGGUCAUGUUAUGACAAGCAUGUAUUGAUUCUAAUAUUAAAAGAGGCUAUUUUGUAAUCUAAAAAACAGGAUUUUAGUAAGUUAUUUCCUCAAUUAUUGGAUAAAGAUUAAACAAGUUCAUGUUUUGUAGUUAUUAGUUGUUUACAGUGUAAUGCUUGGUGACAAUGUCAGACAGCUGAUUUGGUGUUGCUAAGGAAUGCAUCUCAGUCCUGUUGAAGAGCAUCCUACACUUGUACCCGCUCAGUAGUUCAAUAUAGACGCCUGUUUAUACAUCAAAACAAUAUUAAACACCGGAGCUCAUCCCAGAAACCUGCAGCUACAAGUAUCUCGUCUUAACAGCUGCAGAUGUUGAGCUCCCGUGAAUGAAUAGUACAGAUGUUCCUCGGCUAACACAGGCUGACGCUGCACUCAUCAGGACUGUCUGUUGUCUGAACCACAAAGGGAUGACGCUCCAAAUUUGCGACCUGAGAUUUAGCAGGAGAUGCAGCUACUCUGAAAUCUGUCUGUGCGUGUGCGUUUUUGGUGCAGAUCCCAUGCCGUUUUACGACGUAUGCUACCGUAUCUGGAUGUUUUGUUGCAAUAUGUGGGAGAAGAAAGUGGAAAUUAAAAAAAAAAUAUUUUGAAAAAUCCAUUAAAAAGACAAUUCAUGAAGAAAAAUAAAAACCGACCGAGAGAACUCGGAUCCUGUUACAUCUGUUAGGAAAAAAAAGUGUUUGGGUGAUCUAGUUUCUUUUUCAGACACCAUUUGUGGUAUAUCCUGCCUCCUGCCUAAUUACUGCCCCCACCUGCGACUGUUUGUUUGCUUCUGUGUUUUUUCUGCAUACCCCAUCUCCGUGUGCCCCCUCCCCACCUCCUGCUCCACCCUACAGCAACUGUAAAUGUAUUUAAAAGGUCAAGUAGAUGUACGCAGUUUUUCUCUUGUUGAUAUGACACCAAUUACAAUAAUUAAUGACAAUAAAAAGGUCAAAAAGUGAGACUGGGCUACUGUUUUCUAUUUAGAUUACAAGACAUACUGUUAAAAAUCAGAAGUUUGGUGCAUGGAAAUACAUUUAUUUGAUUUCUUGCUGAGAGUUCAAAGAGAAGAUCGAUACCACUCUCUCAUCUGUACAGUAAAUAUGAAGCUACAGCCUGCAGACAAGUAGCUUAGCAUAGCUUAGCUUAGCUUAAUUUAGCUUAGCUUAGCUUAGCUUAGCGUAAAGACCAGAAGGGGGAGUUGGCCAAGCUCUGUCUAAAUGUUUCCAAAUUCCAGCAACCAGCACCUCUUAAGCUCACUAAUCAAGACAAUGUAUAUAGUUUGUUUAACCUUCAAAAACUGUAUAUAAAAAACUGCAAAGCUAACCGACUGUUUGUUGUAGCUUGACAGAGGGUGCACAUUUUUGUGUAACUCUUGACAAGAAAACAAGAGUUUACAGAUCCGUAAAAUAUCUUAAAAGACAUUGUAUUAAUUAUUUAAAAAAUAAACCUUAAUUGGUAUUUAAAUGUCUUAAAUCAAUCUUUCAGAAAUCCCCAAAAUGCUAAGACAUGGGGAGAAGGAUCUUCUAAAUCUUUUUUCUCCGAGCUUGCAUUGUAAAUCUUAAAAUAAUUGGUCAUUUUAAAUAAUAAUGAUAAUAAUAAUAAUAAUUUACCCAGUGCCUCUUGCAUUAAUGUCACCAGAAAGUUAUGUUUUAUGUACAAUAAAUAUUUGGGCAAAAAGCUCCCUAAAGUAUUUAAUUUUUUAAUUUAAUUUAAUUUCAUUUUAUUUAUUUGUUUUCUUGUUUGUUUUGUUUUUUUGGAUUUGUAAAAUAGGUCAUCAAUUUAAUUCCAAGUGGCAAAAAAAGUCUUAAAAAUUCUUAAAUCCCACUUUCCUUAAGCUGUAGGAACCCCGGACUAAGCUUGUUUCCUGAAAUGUCAAGCUAUUCCUUUUCUGCCUGAAUUAAUUAUGCAAAUGUUUUGCAUCAAAUAAAUAGAGUCAGAAAUCUGGAAAUAAAAUGGGAGUUUGUGAAAAGUUUAUUGUGGCAGAUGGUACAAUAAGUUAAGACCUAGGGAUGGGUUGGGUGAGGAGUGUAUUCAUUUUGAUGGCCAGUCCUGGGCCAAACCAGUCACUUCACCGGCAGAUAGAGAGCCAGCCAGACCGCAAAGUGACAGGAGGGGGUGGUCAUCGUUAUCCCACCUUCCCCUCCAUCACUGUUCCACUUUGAAAACCAGUGAUGAUAGAAAUCCCCAAUGAGACAAGGGGGGACUUGGCUGAAGAUGAGGAGAGAAACCUCUCGUGGGAAAUCAGGAUGGCUUCCUGAACAGCAGGAGGAGGAGGAGGAGAGAAAAAAAA